GACGCGGGGCUCGAACUCACGGACUGCAAGAUAGUGACCUGGCUGAAGUCGGACGCUUAACCGACUGUGCCACCCAGGCGCCCCAUGUGUGGUAUUCCAAGUGUAUGAGACUCUCCUGUCUGGCAGAUAAUCAGUUAGUGUUUCUGUUCUGGUUGUUGGAUAUAGAGAGAAGGGGUUUCCAAAUCAUGACUGAAGAGUUCAGGGGGAAAAAAGUAACUUAUCUGCAUCAUAAGACUUGGAAUAUAUCAAAUGGGCGCUGUGUGUGGUUAGACAACCCCUUAAAAUAGCAACUUUUAUAUUUUUUCUGUACUUCUUGGUAUAUAGUUCUUCCCCUAUUUACAGAAUCACUCACAUUGUCUUCCUGAGAAGAUUGUUUAAACGAAAGAGUGAAGAAAAAAAACCCUGAAACAAUGUUUAGAUUUUCUUUAACUUCCAUAGUAGACCCCUGAGAGUCCAGACCAUGAAAGAACCUGGACAUAGAAUUUAGGGAAUUCUAUGAAUUAAAAAGGUAAUAGAGGAAAAAAAUAGAGGGAAGUUUACUUUUCCCAUUUCCAUAGAAACUGCAAAAUAGCCCCCCUGCUGGGAAGUAAAGGGGAAGAGAAAUUUGGCAUAACUUUGGUAGAAAUCUGAAAGAGGAACAGAACUGGGGGACCCACAGGAAGUGUGUGGUCACACCAACACAGGUCUCUGCGUGGGACCUAUCACACCUCUGAGCUCAUGUGGGGGGCUGGUGUCUUCCAAAAGCUCAAGGAAGGGAGAGCUGGAAGUAACCAUUUCUUGAAGGUGCUGGUUCAUUCAAAUGACAUACUUUAUGAUCAAGAGCUACCUAAAUUAUUGGAUUAUUUGUAUGUGUAGGGGGGUGUGGGGAAGGUUUGAAACUGCCAAUUCUACAGGAUCUCUUAAAAGAAUAUGAGGCAAGUACAGACUACCAAAUGGUCUCUGCUACCAUCUCCCCAUCUUGUUUCUUUAUUAUUAAGGAGCUAGGCCUUUCUAUUUCCAUUCCAUUGAUGAUACAGGCAACUUAUCAAUUACUCUAACAUUCCUGGCUCCCUUAAUGAACUGACAGCCGUUUGCCAGGCAGUGUGAGACAGUCCUGCUUCAGUCUGAGUUCUCGAGGCAGUCUGCAAAAUGACAAAGAGAGAACCUCCUGCUGUUUUGAGCCUGUUGGGGAGCAGUGGGACCUGACUGCGGAAGGUGUUCAGAUGGUGGUGACGUUGUCCUUAUACUGGCUGGUCUCCAAAAUCCUUAUGUCCUACCCCAGUGUUCUCUGUUUGAGAUUGUUGCUCCUCUGUCACAGCUUAUCAGAAAUCGUCACUCUUUUUUGCUGAACCUGUCUUACCACCAGUGGUAUAGAAAGCAGUGGACCCUGAUGAAAAUAAGUUGAUUGUAGAGAAGUGGAUGAAUCUGGGCAUGUGUCUUGGAGUCAGAUUAAACAGCAUUUGUGUGUGUGUGUGUGUGUGUGUGUGUGUGUAUUUCAACAUACAGAAACUGACUAAAUUUUUCUUUAAAAAAGUCCACUUAAAAAUCUGGCAAGCUGUUAGCUUUUCUUUUCUCUGACUUCAGUUCUUUGGCUCUCAUAUUUUUAUGUGACUUUACUUCACAAAUUUAAGUGGAUCAGCUUGUGCUCCCUGGAAGAAGAAAGCUGGCACUCUGCCGACUGGGCUGGGCCUUACUAAGUUUCAGUUUCCUUUUCUCUGAGUCACCGAAGCCUCCACAUUGCUGAAGAAUUUUUUGCUCCUAUCGUGUGUCUGCUUAGCUGUCCAGACAGAGCAGCUACGCUCCACUUCAGUCCUUGUACAGACUCUACAAACAGAUCGAGAAGUAUGGCGGUGAGAACUCGUUUGACAUGGAUGCAAGAAAAGAAUCUGCAAACUUAUUUUGGAGGGAAACAGUUUACCCUUCUCUAUAAAGCUAGUGUUCAUGAAUUCUCUGCAUAUGAUUUGUUUAAGAGAUGCUGUGAUCAAGGGCCGAUUGUGGUGGUGAUUUAUAAGGAACACUAUGUUGUCGGGGCAUAUAUGAAAACAAGUUGCAAGAAAGAGGAGAAAGUUCCCAUCGUCCUUUUUGCUCUUGAAGAGAAUACAAUUUCAGAAUGCAAAAUAAGCUCAUACGUACCAACUGAAUUGUUUUAUGAUGGUAGUGGAAGAAGGAAUGACUUAGAAUUCCACAUAAAUAUGAGGAAACAAGUGAUGACUCUGAACUUAGAUACAAGUGAAAAACUUCGAUUACCUCAUAUGCAAGCUUCUCCCUUUCAGGAAUGUGAAGUUUUUCGAUGUGAAGAUUUGUUGGACAGAAGGACUCUGGAAGGAAUUAACGAGCUCCACGAGAGCUUAUUGUUAGCCGUGAACACUUACAAACCACAUAAAAACCUCGUUCCCCAAGUGCGAAUUCUGCUGCUGGGUCCGACUAGAGCUGGGAAGUCUAGCUUUUUCAACUCAGUGAAGUCUGUUUUCCGAGGCCAUGUCACACACCAGGCUCUGGUGGGCUCUGAAGCAACUGGGGUUUCUGACACGUACAGGACAUAUUCCAUUAAGGAUACAGUGGAUGGCAACUUCCUGCCUUUUAUUCUGUGUGACACAAUGGGCCUGCAUGAGAGAGGAAAAGGGCUAUGUGUGGAUGACAUAGCUUACAUCUUGAAAGGCCACAUUUCUGACAGAUACCAGUUUAACUCCAUGAAACCAAUUACACCAAGUCAUUGUAACUAUAUUCACUACCCGUUGCUGAAGGACAGAAUUCAUUGUGCGGCAUUUGUGCUUGAUGUCAACUCUGUUAAAUACAUCUCUCAUGAGAUGAUAGCAAAGAUCAAAGAAAUUCGAAGGCAAUUGAUAAAGUGUGGUAUGCCACAUGUGGUUUUGCUCACUCAUGUGGAUAGCAUGCGGCUGAUUACAAAAGGUGACCUUACAGACAUAUACAGAUGUAUUCCUGUGAAGCACAAGUUAGAGGCAGUCCACAAAAAACUUGGAUUUGCUCUUUCUGAUAUGUUGGUGGUUAGUAAUUAUACCUCAGAGUGGGAGUUGGACCCUAUAAAAGAUGUUUUGAUCCUCUCUGCGCUGAGACAUAUGCUGUGGAUUUCAGAUGACUUCUUAGAAGAUUUGACUGCUCGAGGAAACAAGAAUUUAGUGGUGUAAAUACUUGAAGGUAUCAGCUGUGUGGCUACUCCCUGCUUGGAUCUAUUGGGUACCUGGCAGUUCAUUGUGUCUCUAUGGAUCACUGUCCUGUGAAUGGUCCUACUCUUUAACUCACUGGCCAGAUGUGUUUUUCUUUCCCCUCACUUUUCCUGAUUUUCCACCCUUAGGGGUAUAUCCCACAGAUUUGUACUACUUCUCUUUCUCCUGUCUUCAGAUAGAAUCUUUGAAAUGAUGCACUUCUGUCAUUUGUACUGUUUGAACAUCCCAAGCUGUAUCCUUGCCCUCUUCUCUUGAAAUGCAUUUUUUGCUUGGGACCCUGAUAUGGAUUGGAUUAACAUUGUUUCUGAUCAGAUGUGAUCUUUGGUUAUAUGCCUCUUUUACUUUUUAAAUUUUUUAAUGUUUAUUUAUUUUUGAGGGAGUAUGAGUAGGGGAGGGGCAGAGAGUGAGGGGGGCAGCGGAUCUGAAGCAGGCUCUGCACUGACAGCAAUGAUUCUGAUGCGGGGCUCAAACUCACAAACUCAUGAACCGUGAGAUCAUGACUUGAGCCAAAGUCAGACGCUUAAGUAACUGAGCCACCCAGGCGUCCCUUGAUUACAUUCCUCUUUCUUGGUACCUACGUUUCUGCCUUUUUCGACUUGACUUUUUUUGACGUGUCUCCCUCCUCAGAGUUUCUCUUAAUGCCAUGUAGUCAGGAUGGUCUUAAUGCCCAUAGCAGAUGUAUGUGCCUUUCAGAUUUAUGACCUCAGAUUUUAGCAUUACAUGCAGUCUCUUUCAACCUCUAUCAACAAUAUGCUGCACUGUUUCAAUCAAAGAUCAGACAGAAAGAAGUUUCAAUCUAUACUCAAAUCUUAUUUUAGUUUGCGAGAAAUCAAAUUAGAAUAUAAUAUCCUCUUUAUUCUCUCUCACUUGCAAACUACUAAGACAUUCUCAUGCUACUACUAACUCCGCCAUCUUGUUUUCUCCAUUUCUUCUCUUCUUGAUGGGCACAUGCACUCCCAAAGGGGAGAUUGGAAUAUUCAUUUUCCUUCUGGUUGCUUUUCCUUAAAUAAACCAUUAAGAAUAUUUUGUUUCUCUUUUAUCAGAGACUGGAGAAAAGGAAUUAUCAAGUAUGUAAAAGGAGGAAACAAAUACGUGAACACUUCACAUACUAGUAAUUUUUAUCUCAUCAUUGAAGAGUGAAAAUUGAGAAAUAAAAAAAUACAGGAAAAAGAGAAAUAGAUGAAACAUAAGGGGCAUGUUUUAUUUAUGUCUGGGAUGAAGAUGCCCUACAAAAUCGUAAUACCUGCCAAUAACUAGGAGCAGCAAGAUUUAAAGCCAUUAAUUGUAAAAAAAAAAAGAUUGUGAUUUCUUUUGGAUUUAUUUUCUGUAUCUGUGGAAAAUGGAAGUUUCUUCUUGUAAAACUUGAGUUUAAUUUCAGUGUGCGUGUGUGUGACUUUGGAAAAGUUUAUUUUAAUAUAACUUGUCAGCAUGUUCUCAUCCUCACCCACAUCGUCUUAUUUUGCCUUCUUAUUUUAUUUCUAAAGUAUUUGAAUGCUCCCUUCAGAAGCACAUAUACUAAAGUAUUUGAGCUUCUCUUUGGGUCUCCAGUUAAUGUAUUCUUUCCCCUAUAGAUAUUUGUUUGUUUGUUUGUUUGUUUGUUUAAUAUCUGAAACUGUCUUCCAGGAUGUGACUAUUAAUAUUAGUAAGAGUUCUGGAGGAUUAAGACUAACAAGGACUAUAUUUGAUUACUCUGUCAAUUACAACUAUUUUAGCUACAAGUGACAAAACUCAACCUGAAUUACAUGAAUAAAAAAUAAUCAAACCAUAGAAAAGGCUGGGGUUGAACCAAACUGCCUCAGAAAUGGUUGAGUCUAGGGAUUCAAAAGGUAUUCUCUCUCUCUCUUUCACUCUCUCUCACACACACAAGUGCACACACAUGUGUAUGCACACACACACAGAUAUACACCCUCUGCUUCAUUCUUUGUGCUUAUUGCUGUCAUUCUUUCAGGUUAGCAUUCUUGAUAAAUCUUAAACCACCUGAAUCCAGGUUUCAAAUUGGCAUUCACUUAGCCUCAUGACCCGAAAAGGAAGAGGAUUUUCUUUUCCCGUGUCAUUGUGAAAUACUCCAAAAAAGGACUGCAAUUGAUCUAGCUCAAAUCAUAUAUUUGACCUCUGGGAACAAUCACUUCUCUUUUCCAGAAGAGAAUUAAGUCAUAAUUGCCCAGAAAGAGUGAUAUAUUAUUAUAAGAAGGGAGUAUGGAGCGCCUGGGUGGCUCAGUUGGUUGAGGGUUCGACUUUGGCUCAAGUCAUGAUCUCGCAGUUGGUGAGUUUGAGCCCCGCGUCUGGCUCUGUGCUGACAGCUCAGAGCCUGGAGCCUGCUUCAGAUUCUGUGUCUCUCUCUCUGCCCCUCUCCUGCUCAUGCUCUGUCUCUCUCUGUCUCAAAAAUAAAUAAAACAUUAAAAAAUUUAAAAAAAAAAAAAGAAGAAGAAGGGAGCUUAUUAUGGACAUGACCACUGUUGGAUUAACUGAGCUGGAGAGGUACCACAAUAUGUAUCUUAUAUUUAGGGAAGUCUUACAUCUAGUUUCUCAUUUAUAUUAUAAAGAAUGUCUUAUUAAUAAGUCUAAAAUCAUUAAUAAUUACUUUAAAAAUCCUUUUAUUAAAGUAAUAUAUACACAUAAAAAGUACACAGUUCACAAUUGUAUGGCUCAGUACAUUUUGAUACUUAACAAACCAAUGAAACUAGAACUCAGAUAAGAAACAGAACAUCCUACAAGUCCCCUUUAUGCCCCAGAUAUCCACUAUUCUGACUUCUAAUUGUGUAGAUUAGCCUUGUGCUUUUUUAUCCCUUACAUAAUAUCAUGUACUAUUUACUCUUUUGGGUCUGACUUCUUUCAUGAGAUAGUGUAUUUGUUUGAUUCAUAUUAUUUACAUAGGUAAAGAUCAUUUAUUCUCAUCGAUUCUAUUAUUCUAAUGCUAAUGGGUGGCUCUAAUAAUUUCCUUAUAGGUCAACAAUAUAUUCUAUAUAGGUUGCAUUAAGCUUUUUCUGAUUUAUAGCUAUAUGGAAACAAACCAUAUGAUUUUGGGUGUUUCUGAUUUUGUAUCAUAAUAAAGAUUUCAUAAUGUGAA